UAUUGUUUAAGAAAAUUAGAGCUUAAACUAAAUUAGUUGGCCACCCACCACCACAGUCUCUCUUAUAUAACACAGCGCUGCUGCUAUUGAAACUCCUCCUUCAUCGAGUUCCUCUAAAGAUGCCUCGGCUUUGAUCAGUCACCUGAUUAUUUCUGCUUUUUGGCUCCUUCUUACAUGCUUUCAGCAGAAGUGGCACCUUGCUCAGCAGUGAAAAUUAAAAAUAAAACCAAAUAUCACAGUUAAAAUGAUUUUCCAUGGGAGUAACACAAUGAACUGGCUAAUUAGUGCUACAAUAUUCUUGUCAGUGUUAAAUCCUGCACUUUCUUUCAAUAUUGAUCCUGGGGCUUGGAAGACCCUGAGUAGCUCUGCUCCUGGUUUUGGGUACAAGGUGAUUCAAAGAAAAUCAGAUUUGAUCGUCAGUGCCCCACUUGAACACGAGAAUGGGGGAAUAUAUAGCUGCACCACUUCUCCUCCAAAAUGUCAAGAUAUAAAACUAGAAGCCCCAGAUUUGACAGCUAAUGUGUCCCUUGGUAUGUCAAUGGCAAGUGAUCCCUCUGGAGAAAACACUGUGGUGUGUUGUCCAUCCAUCCCAAAGCACUGCAAAAGUAUCACCAUGUACAACGGUGUGUGCUUUCAGAUUGACAGUUCUAAUUCAUUUGGACCACCGAUACCAUCUUCUCUUGACGACUGUGAAACACAAGCCGACCUUGCCUUUCUGUUGGAUGGUUCAGGCAGCGUAUCUGGUCCUGAUUUUCGAACAAUGAAGAAGUUUGUGAAAGAUCUAAUUGUAUCAUUUCUCUCAAGUGACACACAGUUUUCUGUUUCCCAGUUCUCCAGUGCACCACAGAUUCAUUUUAACUUUCAAAAAUUUAACUUAACUGAAAUGGAAGAUAAAAUCAAUAGAAUUCAGCAACACAUGGGACAGACUUUCACGGCUAAGGCCAUCAAAGAAGUUGUGGAAAAAGUUUUCAGCCCACAGCAAGGCUCCAGACCAAAUGUGAAGAAGGUCUUGAUUGUAAUUACUGAUGGAGCAUCUAAUGACCGUGAGAACCUGGAAGGUGCAGUAGAGCAAGCAAAAAAUAAAUCAAUUGCUCGAUUUGUUAUUGGGGUCGGGGAUGCAUUUGAUAAACCUGAGGCAAAACAAGAACUGCACACCAUUGCAUCAUCUCCCUCAGAAAAACAUGUGUUUGAAGUGAAGGAAUUCAGCGCACUUGAAGAAAUAAGACAGAAUCUACAGGACAAAAUUUUUCCCAUUGAAGAAAGCAGUGGAGAGUCACUGAAAAUGGAAAUGUCUCAAGAGGGAUUUAGUACAGUUUAUGCACCUGAGGGAAUUCAGAUGUCUAUUGUUGGUGCAAACCAGUGGAGGGGAGGCUACGUGCAAUACACAACAGGAGGCCAGAAGGUGAAAACAUAUGAGGAUGUGUCUUUUGAGCCUGACAGCUAUCUUGGUUACUCCAUGGCAAUUGCUAGAACCCAAAGUGGUUCUCUGACAGUUCUUGGUGCUCCAAGAUAUAAACACAGAGGAGUUGUGGUCUCUGUUAACAGAGACAACUUUGAAAACCAAACGAUUGAGCCGUUGGCAUCACAGUAUCAGACUGGUGAAUAUUUUGGGGCAGAGGUGUGUACCAUGGACAUAAAUAAUGAUGACAUCACUGAGCUAAUCUUCAUAUCAGCCCCAAUGUACAUGGAGCCUGAUAGAGAGGGAAGAGUUUAUGUUUGCAGACUAACUGGUUUGUUUGUGGAGUGUAAUUUUGAUGAUCUGUUAGUACUAAGAGGACGUGCAGCUGUCAAAGGAAGGUUCGGCUCUUCUCUUGCUGUGCUGCCUGAUCUAAACUCAGAUGGAUUCAGGGAUUUGGCAGUUGGAGCACCUUUGGAGAAUAAUGGUGAAGGCAGCAUCUACAUAUUCCACAGUGAAGGAGGCGAAAGAAUCAGUUCUACUUACUCACAGAGAAUUGCUGGCUCUGAGGUCCAGUCAGGACUGAAGUUCUUUGGCCUGUCAAUCAGUCAGUCGGCUUUUGACCAGAGUGGUGAUGGACUGCUUGACUUAGCGGUGGGUUCAAAGGGUAAAGUUGUCUUGCUGAGAUCAAGACCCAUUGUAGAGGUAAAGUCUGAGGUGUCAUUCAGCCCAGACCAAAUCUCUACUCAGAAUGUAGACUGCUCAAAACCAUUGGAGAACACAGUUACAGUCUGCUUUACCAUGAGCAGUUUGUCUACGAAAGAGCUACAUGCAGCUCAAGCAAGGAUUGAUUAUAUGUUAACAUUGGAUACCACUCGCAAACCUUCAAAAAAACGAGCUUACUUCAGUGCGAAAGAACAAGAGCAGUCUGGAUCAAUUAUUGUCACCUUGGGGAAAACGUGUUUAACUGUAACAUUUUUUAUUGAGGCCUGUCCAGAAGAUGCUCUCAGUCCUCUUUCUAAUGAGAUUAAAUUCAGUUUUUAUGGUUUGCCUUCUGAGGAAAAUCUCACACCAAGUCUUUCCCCGCAUGCUCCAACAGCAACUAAUUAUCCCUUAAAUUUUGAGAUCAACUGUGGCACUGACAAGAAUUGCAAUGAUAACCUGAAGGUGGAUUUCAACUUCACCAGAUCCUCAGAGGUUAAAGUGGGCAUUGAUGAGCUUUUGAAUGUCACAGUCACAGUGGAGAACAGAGGAGAAAACUCCUACAACAGCCAUGUUAUUCUCACGUAUCCAGCUGGACUCUCCUACAGGAAGUUCACGAGUCAGCAGGGAAGAAUUGAGUGCAACUCCUUGGACAGUGAAGAUGGUUUAUCACGAGGAAGGACAGACUGUACUAUUGACAAGCCCAUUUUCAAGAGCCAAACUAAGGCUUCCUUCAUUGUCUGCUAUGGGAUUGACACCAAUAGUCAAUUUGAGAGGAAGAUAUUUGUCACUGCAAAUGCCACCAGUGGAAAUCAGGAGCAUGCACCUACAAGUGAACUCUACAAAAAGAAAUUGAUUGAUGUAAAAUACAGCAUUUUUAUGACAAUUAAAGGCUCCCGCAGCUAUAACAAUUUCACAUUUGGGAAGAAUGAUUUGCAGAAACCAGUCCAACAAUCAAUCACGCUAACAAAUGAUAUCAGAGCACUUCAUAAUUUCACUGUGUGGAUCAAGGUUCCAGUGAAGCUUGGGGGAAAAGACAUUUGGGUGCAUCCGAACAACCUACAGAUUGCAGACUGUAAGAAAGGAAGUUAUGAAGAACCACAUGUUAAAGACUUUGUUCUUCAGAUCCAAAAAAAUAAAGUAGUGGACUGCUCUGUGGCCAUGUGUAGAGUGUUUGAGUGCCUGACAUCUAUGGAAAGGCAGGAGAAGAGGACGUAUGAAAUCUCUGGAAACCUCACUUCACAGUGGAUAGAGCAGAUUGGACUUCAAUCUGCCAAAUUCCUCUUGACCAGCCAAGUCAGUCUGAAGUACGACCAAAGCAAGUACGUCUACUUUUCAACAGGGUCUGACUACAAUUCUCCUGUUCACAAGAUUGAGGCAGAGGUAGAAGUGUACCCUGAGCCAGAUUUUAUCAAAGAGAUCAUUGGAGGAUGUCUGGGAGGGUUGAUUUUUCUGAUUUUACUCACAGUUGUCCUGUAUAAGGCUGGAUUUUUCAAGAGUAAAUAUAGCAAGGUAAAUACUGAAGAACUGGAAGAUGGUCCAGGAUAAAAACAAAGGUUCAUAUUUGUAGAUCUCUAUCUAAUCUUCAAAGAAGGUCUGAAAUCCCUCCCCUGCUCGCCCAUUUCCUUACAAUAGAACUUCCUACCUGGUGGGCAGGACCUGACAUAGCAAAAUCGGUAUGGCCCGGAUCUGGCCCACACAGUGUGCUUACAAAUGGCCCACAUACCGCAAAGAAUGACGGCCCUUUGGUGGCCCAGAUCUGGUUUGCCAGAGGUGGCCCACACAUGGGCCAACACAAGGCCAGUGCUGGCCCAGAACAAUUUCAGCUCUGGCCCCAGAUGUCAGCCUAAUGUGUACCUUAAUCAAGCCAUGUAAUAACAACAUGUGCCAGAACAUAAUAGUGCAAAAGUA